AUGGAAUCUCCUCAAAAAGACGCAAUCACAAGCACGAUAUCGUUCAAAAAAUCAGACUUCUCUUUUGUAGAAGAUUUUAAUCAAAUCAUUGAACUCAUUUUAACUGGAAAUAACUCUGAUGCUGUUGGAAAAUCUGUUGCUCAACUUGAGGAAAAGUUUGAAAAUGCAAAACAAGUGCUUGAUUCUCUACCUGGAUUGCAAUAUACAAAAGAGGAGCAAGAGGCCCUUUUAGCUGAAGAAUUAAAGGUGCUAGAACACAAAAAGACUCAACUUCAGUCCUACAAACAAGUGAACUAA